ACCAGUGAACAGCUGGACUGGAUUGAAAACAGCAUCAAAUUGGAAAAUAACACUCGGGAAAAACGACAAGUGGACAGCGGUGCUCGAUUAUGGAGUGAUAAUCGUGUCUUUUACUUCUUCGACAUUAGUAUAGAUGCUCGAAUGAAAAGAAUCGUAAAGGAAGCUCUAAAAUACCUUCAAGACCGAACCUGCCUUGAAUUUACUGAAAGUACAACUGCUUUGAAUAGGAUCAGAGUUUUUAGUGGUGCCGGAUGCUUUGCGACAAUUGGUAUGGCUGGAGGAGUUCAAGAAUUGUCACUGGGCAGAGGCUGUGAAGCUGUUGGGAUUGCGGCACACGAAUUUGCUCAUGCUCUUGGAAUUUGGCACAUGCAAAUGAGAGAUGAUCGCGAUAAUUUCGUUCAAGUUGAUUUAUCAGCUGUACCGGUAAGGGGAAGAGAGAGAGAAAGAAGAGAAAGAGAAAGAGAGAGAGAUAAUAAAAAGUCCACAAAAGAGUUAGUGUCAGACUGCUGCUGA